CAGCUUCUUUGGUAAGACUUCUACCAUUUUGUGUAAAGGGAUUUAAGCAACAGAUUGAUGCUCCCAUUUUCUAACUCCUGAUUUUAACUUGAUUUACUCUAAGUACAGGAUGUUCUCCAAUGUCACUGUCAUCUGUGAUGCGACCGUCAAUGUGACUGCUUGCUCCUACAGCACCCUUGAGGGGUUGGCUUACAGUCUGGUGUUUCUCCUCGGUCUCCUCAUCAAUAGUGCGGCUCUGUGGGCCUUCAUCGCCAAACGAGCCUCCUGGACUGACUGCCACAUCUACAUGCUGAAUUUGGCUGUGGCUGACUUUGCCCUCAUCAUUUUCCUUCCAUUCAGGAUCUAUGACGCCUUCUUCUGCCUACCUAAAACAUUUCUCUGCACUUUUCUACUUUUCACUCACUACAUCAACAUGUAUGCCAGCAUCCUGACCACGACAGCCAUCAGCGCCCACCGCUAUCUGACCAUCAGGUUCCCUCUGCAGGCUAGAUCAUGGAGGAAGAAGAAAGUUGCAGCGGUGGUCGUAUGUUUACUCAUCUGGGUGAUUUUGGUCUCAGUUGUUGUAGUUGUUCGAAAGCAAAACUAUCCUGACAAACUCUGGACAUGCUAUGAAAGAUGCAAAGAUGCUCGUUUCCGUCCACAGUUUACAAUAGCCCUGGUAUGUCUAGGCUACCUGGCUCCUCUGAUGAUAAUCGUGUUCUGUUCCAGUCGAACCAUCUGUAUCUUGGUGAAAGAGCAAAAUGAGUCAAAGGACAAGAAAAGAAUUGUUGAGAUAGUUAAAGCAAACCUGAUUGUUUUUCUUGUCUGCUACACGCCGUACCACAUUGCAAUUAUGAUCAGCUUAUUCUACAAAGUACCGUCAAACUGGAUGUAUGUAUAUUUACCCUCUCACAGGUUUUUACAAGUGUCUGAGUGGAUUGCUUCCACAAACUGUGUCUUAGACUCUAUAAGCUUCUACUUUUUAUUGAAAAAGUUUUACAAAUAAAUAAAUGAUAGCAUAAUAACACUCCUACGGUAUUGCCUAUUGCUUGUAUAUAGGUGUGUUGUUUUUUUGUUUUUUUUUAGAAUAGUGACUGGCACACUGGAAAGUUCUUAAGAGUUGCUUGAAAUUAAAAGAUUCUUAGAGAGAAACACUGACAACCCAAUUUUGGUUUCCCGGUAGAAGCUCAGAUGUUUUUUUAAUUAAAAAUACUUUUGUUUCAGCUGCUUUUGUACGUGUCAAAAACAAGCUCAGAAUGGACCAUGCUUUUGUGCUAGCAGCUCCUAAGUUGUAUAUCAAUCUUCCCUUGGUUAUCAGACAGGCCUCUUCACUUUUCUGACUGUAACUGUAUAUAUUAUUCAUUUUAUUUAGUAUUUAUUUUCAAGUUUCUUUAUUCUCGGUUAAUUGUUAUCUAAUGUCUUUCAGAAAAAAGUAAUUCCUCCGACCAUUUUAAAGUCUUUUUUGUAAAGAGAAAAUGAAGGUUUGUCAAAACGGAAACCACUGACUAAAUAUAAAUGCAGUUUGUAAAACAGGGAAGUCAGUCUCCCUCUGAAAUCGUGUUUUUAAAAAUUGCCACCUGUAAAAAAUGUGUGACAUUUUAAUCAUCAUUUAUUGUUUUUUUUUUUUUUUUUUUUUGUCGGCUUUCUUUUCUGAGUUAUAUUUGUGAAUCUGUGGUUGUGGCGACAUUUUUGUAUUGCAGAUCAGCAGUGAGAUAUCAUACUGUUUGGUUAUUACACAUUUGCACAUGGUGAUCGCUCACAAAGUACAGAAUGUGCACCACUGACAGCUACUCCAUCCUGAGGGUUCAGCUUACAAUGU